CAUCAUCUGUUUGAUUGUCGGAUUAAGACUUCUUCUCAAGUCUUCAUUAUCUGAACAACGCCAAUGGAAGAUUUUUGGUUAUCGUCGUAGCUCUUGUUGAGUGUACAGAUCUCAUUUAAACCAAAAUUGGGACGAUUUUCAGUCAAUAAAAGAAAUCCUAAUUUUAACAAAGCAGCUAGAUAGUUUUUCAAUAUGGUGUCUAAUGGAAACAAUCAUGUGCGCGCCUCUUCGAGUGGUUGCGAAGAGAAUACUUCUCAUACAAGCAUAAUUUUUGGAAUAAAAGAUAAAGUUGGUGCUCUUGCGGUAGCAUUGAAGCCUUUUGAGACCAAUGGUGUCACAUUAAACCAUAUCGAGUCGCGUCCUUCGAAGCGAGCCGAAGGUACUUACGAGUUCCUGAUGACCACUGACCACGAAGUCGGAGAUAACGAAUUGAAAGCUGCUCUAGAGGAGCUGAGUUUGAACACAGCUUACGUGCAAGUUUUGAGCCGUGGUGAGAGUUCAUUAGAAUCUGUUCCUUGGUUCCCAAGAAAGAAACAGGACUUGGAUGAGUUUGCGCAUCGGAUUCUGAGUUACGGGUCCGAACUUGAUGCCGACCACCCAGGUUUCAAAGACGAAGCAUAUACCAAACGACGAAAGGUGUUUGCUGACAUUGCGUACAAAUAUCGACAUGGAACUCCGAUUCCUCGAGUUGAAUACACAGCUGAAGAAGUCGGAACUUGGUCAACUAUUUUCAACAGCCUCUCGACUUUGUUCAAAACUCACGCAUGUGCCGAGUUCAACUACAUUUUCCCACUCCUUGUGGCUAACUGUGGAUACAAACCCGAUAACAUCCCGCAACUUCAAGACGUUUCAGAUUUCUUGAAGAGUUGUACUGGGUUCACAAUCCGACCGGUGGCAGGACUUCUGUCAUCGCGUGAUUUCCUCGCCGGCUUGGCGUUCCGAGUGUUCCACUCGACUCAGUACAUUCGGCACUCAUCUCUUCCAUUGUACACUCCGGAGCCAGAUGUCUGUCACGAAUUGAUCGGCCAUGUUCCCUUGCUGUGCGAUCCGACAUUCGCUCGCUUUUCUCAGGAAAUCGGAAUUGCGUCCCUGGGAGCACCUGAUGAGUGGAUUGAGAAGUUGGCUACACUCUAUUGGUUCACGAUUGAGUUUGGACUGUGCAAACAGGGCGGUCAAUUGAAGGCAUUUGGAGCUGGACUACUUAGCAGUUUUGGAGAGCUGCAAUACGCUCUGAGUGACAAACCGCUAAUCAAAGAGUUUGAUCCAGAAGUGACUUCUGUGACGAAGUACCCGAUAACCGAAUACCAGCCGACGUAUUUCUGUACCCAGAGCUUCGAGGAAGCACAGGAAAAGCUAAAACAGUUCGCCACCAAAAUCCCGAAGCCGUUCACACUUCAUUACGACGCAUUUACAGAAUCAGUUGACCUUUUGGAGACGAAAGAACAGCUGACGCAGUUGGCAGGGACUAUCAAGUCGCAGAUAUCGACGUUGCACGCAGCUAUGGAGCUUCUUUGUAUAAGCGAGUAUCAUUCAAUCAACACUGGAAUAAUGCAAGCUUGAUCAGCUUUAAAAACUUGGGAUAUUGUGAUAAAUGAUGAAAAAUCAGUACCUUGAAUCAAUUCUUGAUAGAAACAAGUGUGCUUAGCUCUCAUUUAGAUAGAUUUUGUUAUAUCCGAUAGAUGAUAGUGUCAUAUAGAUAUUUUUCGUUAUUGAUU